UUAAAAUAUUGUGCGCAUUUACGGAUGCAUUUAUGCACAUAAAUUAAAAUAGCAUUUGUGCAAAAAAUAUUUCUGGUUCCGCCAAAGCGUUUCCGUCGUACAUAAAUUUGGUUGAAAAGAUCAAAAGAAAUACAAUACGAACAAAAACUACAAAAUAAUCAACUAUUGAAAUGAUGAGCUGUUUGCAGGACUAAAUGAAGAUGUUUUUACAUAUUUUACUAGUAUUAGUGUUUACAUUCAUUAACAUUGUUUUCUCGUACAAGUUUUAAUGCAAUAUAUAAAACAUAAACAUAUAACUAUAUAUUAAAAUAUCGGGUCAGAAGACUCGAUCAUAUAGCGAGGUAUUUAUCAACUGUAAUUUUGUUUUAACAGUGUUUUUAUUAUUUAUAUCGUUUAGAGUUAAAUUUUAUAAUAAUUCAAAUUGUAUUCGUCUGUCAUCUCACUAUGGAGGAUAGCAGCUUGAAAAAAAAACGCGUUUUCACCUGGAAUGAGCAGAAGGAUAUUCAUUUGUUGAGAGAGAUAGCUGCCGAAGGCGUCCUUCAACACAAAGCCAAGUCUAGGGACAGGGGGGCUGGCUGGCAACUGGUGGCAAGCAAGUUGGGCUCCACAUGCGAAAAUGUAGAAGUCACUUCUCGAGCUGUCCGUGACCACUUCAAGGCACUGGAGAAAAGACACAAAGCCAGAAUGGCACAAGAAGAGAGAGCAAGUGGAAUCAGUGUUGAGGAGCUGUCAGAACAGGAGAGAUUGUUGGAGGAGUUGGUGGAGAUAAACGAGGCAACAGAAAGGAGAGCAGAGGAAGAAGAUGAUGAAAAGAAAACUGCAGCAGAGAAAGAAAGGGGGCAGGCAUUAGAGAUGCGGCAAAGAGCUUUGGAGCGAAUUGGAGAGACGCAAAAGAGGCAAGGAAAUAAUAAAGAGACUAGGAAGAGAAGGUCCUCAGGUGAGACAUUGGAAUGGUUGAGAGAGAAGGCAGAGAUGAACAAGAAGAUGAGGGAGGAAGAACUGAAAGAGAAGCAAGAACAGCAAAACAGCAUGAAGGAAGAAAGGAUGAUGUUGGUGGAACAGAUGAAGUUGAUGCAUGAGAAUAGCACUGCCCAGCUCCAUCAGUUCAGGUAUGACCAACAAGUUCAACAACAGCAACAACAAGAACAAUUUGCCCUGCUGCAGCAACAAAUGUUAUCUAUAAUGCAACAACAACAACAACAAAUACAAGUCUUGGCAAAUUUAUUAAAAAACAAUUAA